GGUUCGGAAUCGUCGACUUACCCCUUCUGGAGCUUGACUUUUGGAGUUGUGCCUGGCUUGAUGCCGGUGUGUUGCUCGGUGAAGGGGCGCGUGCCACAGUUGCGCCUUUGGAUUCGGAGACGAAAUUGCCGCGGCUUGGAGAUCACUUGUCGGAGAUAACGCUGCUGCCUCUGCCUGCUCUGUUCCGGGUGCCCAGAGUCCUAACCCCAGCCCUAGAUCCUCUCCAGCGGCGCACUUGACUGUGGGUUCCCGAGCCCUGGAGGGGUGUAAGAGGCUCUCGAUCCCGGGAGGCGUGAGGUGCAAAGCGACAUAGACUGCGGGUUCCUGAUUCUACCCCCUCCAUCACCUCUCCUCAGUCUCUCUGCGCUCGCCGCCGGGGUGCUGAGGCUGGCACCGCCCUGCGGAGCUGGGGGCCGGAGCCACCUCGCUUAGCCCCUAGCGGCGUCUAGGCACCCUCAGCAUCGCCCCCGCCCCCCAAGCCUGCUUGUUUCCAACGGAGCCAUGGCUUUUGCCAACUUCCGCCGUAUCCUAAGGCUGUCCACCUUCGAGAAGAGAAAGUCCCGAGAAUAUGAGCACGUCCGUCGGGAUCUAGACCCAAACGACGUGUGGGAGAUCGUUGGGGAGUUGGGCGAUGGAGCCUUCGGUAAAGUUUACAAGGCCAAGAACAAGGAGACGGGGGCACUGGCUGCUGCCAAAGUCAUCGAAACCAAGAGUGAGGAGGAGCUGGAAGACUAUAUAGUGGAGAUAGAAAUCCUGGCUACAUGUGACCACCCAUACAUAGUGAAGCUACUGGGUGCCUUCUACCACGAUGGGAAGUUGUGGAUUAUGAUUGAGUUUUGUCCUGGUGGAGCAGUAGAUGCCAUCAUGUUAGAGUUGGACAGAGGGCUCACAGAGCCUCAGAUUCAAGUCAUCUGCCGUCAGAUGCUAGAAGCCCUUGCCUACCUCCAUAGUAAGAAGAUCAUCCACCGUGACCUGAAGGCUGGCAAUGUGUUGAUGACCUUGGAUGGAGACAUCAAGCUUGCUGACUUUGGUGUAUCUGCCAAGAAUCUGAAAACCUUACAGAAACGAGAUUCCUUCAUAGGAACACCUUACUGGAUGGCUCCCGAGGUGGUGAUGUGUGAGACCAUGAAAGAUACCCCUUAUGACUACAAGGCUGAUAUAUGGUCCUUGGGUAUCACGCUCAUUGAGAUGGCCCAGAUAGAGCCCCCUCACCAUGAGCUGAAUCCGAUGCGAGUCCUCUUGAAGAUCGCCAAGUCAGAGCCCCCUACGCUCCUCACUCCAUCCAAAUGGUCCUUGGACUUCCGGGACUUCCUGAAGACUGCUCUGGAUAAGAAUCCAGAGACGAGGCCCAGUGCUGCACAGCUCUUAGAGCAUCCCUUUGUCAGCAAGAUCACCAGCAACAAAGCUCUCCGGGAGCUGGUAGCUGAGGCAAAGGCUGAAGUGAUGGAGGAAAUCGAAGACAAUAGGGAGGAAGGAGAAGAUGAUGACUCAACAGAAACAGUAUCUCCUCCAGGGACACACAAGAGAGAAUCUUCAGAAGUGAGUCAACUUAGUUUUGAUGGAGAGAAGCUUCCAGAAUUAUCAACUCCUGUCCCCACUGAGCCCAAGGGCAGCCUGGAUAAGCCCAGUGACAAGCCUCCAGAUGAAGAAAUUGCCAGUAUCCAGGUAGAUGAUGGAAGCUCCAUUCAAACCACAAGCAGUUCUGAGUUGCCUGGAGAUGAGGCUAGCAAAGCUAUGCCUGUAGCCCCAGGGAAAUACCGAUUCAGUGCCCCACCAGGAUUCUUGGAUGCUAAAAUCUCAACCACAGAAGAGAAACCUUUCUCUAACCACCAGAGCAAUGACCUGGACAUUGCUACCAACAAAAGCAAUAAGGGAAGUAGAAGUCGGCCCACAAGCAGCAUUCUGGAGAACUUAGUAGGUGAAAAGAUUGCCAAUGGGAGUCUAGAACCUCCUGCUCAAAUUCCCCUUGGUAAAUCCAAGAGAGACUCAGACUGUGGGAGCCUUUCUACCUCUGAGAGCAUGGACUACAGUGUCUCACUCUCCACUGACUUGUCUCUCAACAGGGAGACGGGUUCAUUGUCACUGAAGGAAUCCAGGCUGCAUAACAAAACCCUGAAGCGCACCCGGAAGUUCGUUGUGGAUGGUGUGGAGGUGAGCAUCACCACGUCCAAGAUCAUCAGUGAAGAUGAGAAGAAAGAUGAAGAGAUGAGAUUUCUCAGGCGCCAAGAGCUCCGUGAACUGCGUCUGCUCCAGAAGGAGGAACACCGUAACCAGACCCAGCUGACCAGCAAGCACGAACUGCAGCUGGACCAGAUGCAGAGACGCUUUGAGCAAGAAGUCAAUGCCAAGAAGAAAUUUUAUGACACAGAGCUGGAGAACUUGGAGCGGCAGCAGAAGCAGCAGGUGGAGAAGAUGGAGCAGGACCAUACACUCCGCCGGCGGGAGGAGGCGAAGAGGAUCCGGGCUGAGCAGGAGCGCGACUACGCCAAGUUCCAGGAGCAGCUCAAGAUGAAGAAGAAGGAGGUGAAGAAUGAGGUGGAGAAACUGCCUCGACAGCAACGGAAAGAGAGCAUGAAGCAGAGAAUGGAGGAGCACGCGCAGCAAAAGCAGAUGCUGGACAAAGAGUUUGUCGCCAAACAGAAGGGAGACUUGGAGGCGGCUAUGAAAAUGAUCACAGCUGAAAAUAGACGGGAGAUCUGUGACAAAGAGAGGGAAUGCCUGAACAAGAAGCAAGAGCUUCUCCGAGACCGGGAAGCCUCCCUCUGGGAACUUGAAGAGCAUCACUUGCAAGAAAGACACCAGCUUGUCAAGCAGCAGCUAAAGGACCAGUAUUUCCUCCAAAGGCAUGAACUGCUCCGAAAGCAUGAGAAGGAGCGUGAGCAGAUGCAGCGCUACAAUCAGCGAAUGAUAGAACAGCUAAAGAUCCGGCAGCAACAAGAGAAGGCCCGUCUCCCCAAGAUCCAGAGGAGUGAAGGCAAGACUCGAAUGGCUAUGUACAAGAAGAGUCUCCAUAUCAAUGGUGGUGGGAGUGCCUCCGAGCAGAGGGAAAAGAUUAAGCAGUUUUCCCAACAGGAAGAAAAGAGACAAAAGGCUGAGCGACUGCAGCAACAACAGAAGCACGAGGCCCAGAUGAGAGACAUGAAUACCCAGUGUGAGAGCAACAUGAGUGAACUCCAGCAGCUCCAGAAUGAAAAGUGUCACCUCUUGGUAGAGCAUGAAACCCAGAAGUUGAAGGCCCUAGAUGAGAACCAUAACCAGAACCUGAAGGACUGGCGGGAAAAGCUUCGGCCACGGAAAAAGGCCCUGGAGGAUGACCUGAAUCAGAAGAAACGUGAGCAGGAGAUGUUCUUCAAAUUGAGUGAAGAGGCCGAAUGCCCGAAUCCCAACUCACCGAACAAACCUGCCAAAUUUUUCCCAUACAACUCCUCGGAAGCUUCCUAAAGUACAACUGGUAUGAGGCAGAAGGCUUCCAAACAGCAGACAGGCCUCUUCAUCCUUCUUGUUCUCUUUGGACAAGUAACUCAGGGCCUAUACCAUCCAUUGCUUCUAGAAUGCCAACUUAACUUUAGAACUCUGAACUAUGCUGCCUCAGCUGUGCUAAGAAUGCCAUCUACGGUUCCUGAUUUUUCUCUGUCAUAGCAUGGAAGAAUUUUGCGUGUGUCUUUACCUUAUUCUGUGUCACCCUUUGCCAUCUGAUACUCCCAAAGCAUUUAUUUACUUUACCUGAAGACCCAAGUCAUCUUCAUUUUGGUUAUUGGUGGGAUUGAAGGCUCAGAGAAGGGAUAAAUAAUGUAUGGAUUAGAAUUCCCUUCCUGUUGAACAGAAGGUAGUAAUUUUGCUUACUAGAGGGAGACUAAUUUUGCUUUUGACUGGAGUGUUAGAUAUGAUGUGUCCUGUUGGGUCUAACACUUUGAGCAUGGAUGUUGCUUCUUUCCUGCUGAAAUUCUA